AUGACCGAGGAAUCUCGAUUGAAGGUUGUACUUAAAUGCAUUUCUUAUAUUCAGGAGCCUAAGUUUCUCAUACUUCUGCAUCUAUUAGAAAUGGCAUGGGGAGCUGCAGGGCUAGCAUAUUUGGACGAUCUUUCUUUUUUCAUUAUCAAUAAAGAUCUCAUGAACUCAAUAAAGGGCGAGGACACACCUGAAUUUUCUCAGCAAAUUGUAAGUCUGCUGGACAGCGCACGGGAUAGACUCAUAGAUAUUGAGGAGGAAGUGGGUAUGUGGUACAUUGAUGGGCAUAAGUUAGCAGAGGUAGAGCUAGGGACAGAUGCCAUGAUGGAGUUCUAUCAGUAUGUCGGCAGAGAGUUUAAGGAAAUAUUUGAAGAAUCUGAUCACGCCGAGAUGCCACCCAGGGGAGGAAACGAGAAAGCGUUGUGGGAAAGGCUUUUUCAAAUUAUUGAUGCCUGUAAGGCUGAGGAGAUGAACCAAAACCAGAAUAUAAGCGAGUGGAUAGAGAGGUUCAAAAAGGAGUUUUUUGAUUCGGAGUGUGUCAAGUUUAUAACUACCAGGAGUAUUGUUUAUUCAUCUCACACCUUCGAGAAACAGAAGAGAGCAGUUAGAAGAGUUCUUUUAGAAGGCAGAGAUAAGGAUCAACUGUUUGAUUUUCAUGAACUACCUAGGUGCUUCAGAUUGAUAAGCCGUCUUAUUAUUUAG